AUGACCAUGAUGGAGGCCAAGCGCGCCAAGACGAACGCAGGACGAUGGCUGCUGCCGCCGGUGAUCCUCCAAGUCAUCCACUACCUCGAUGAAGCCAGCGACGCUCUGGCCAUUCUACAGGCAGUGCCAAGUGACGCUCGUGACGAGGCCCUCGACGCGCUCGUAACGCUCCUCACACAAGACGAGUUCUUGUGGCCAACGGCGGAAGUGGACGUCUUGAUAAAGAUGGACGAGGCGACAGUAAUCACGGCGCUACCAGCAUUUGGCCAUCUCAAGGUCAACGAAAAGGCUGGUGCUGUCGACUUUUGCUGUCGCACGCCGUGUCCGCCAAUGCCCAAUGUCCGCGCGGCCGUCGACUGCGUGCAGGAUCUCCAGCUCAAGUUUGGCCCCUGGGUACCGAGCAUUGUGCACCUUGAUAUUAAUGUCAAGCGCACGCCGCUGGAAAGCCACGCUCUUGAGCGUGAGCUUGCUGCGUGUCCAAAGCUCGAGGGGCUCAACGUCCAAUGGGACGAUGUUGUUGAUCAAACGCAGCUGGACGACGUCAUGGCGGCCGUCGCUGCGUCGUGUCCGCGCCUUGCCUAUCUGCGCCUCUUUUCCAAGACGGAUGCAAACUUGCAGUGCUGCAAACGCCUUCUUCCGUGGCUGUCUCAACCAAAUGCACGCAUCUUCAAGCUCUUCGGAAUCGACUUUGCGUCACCCGCUGCCAAGACCUUGGCACACGCACUUCUCUUGACAACGACGCUCGAAACGAUCAAGCUCGAUGACGCUUCAAACGUCAUCCUCUCGUUUUUGGCCCCGAGCUCCCCGCCGCUGCCCCGCCAACUGCGCAAGCUCGCGUUCAAAUUCGGGUCCACCUCGGUCGAUAUACCGACACUUGCAGCCAAGCUGUCGCCCACGGUCAUCCGUAGUCUGGACGUUCGCUUUGAUGAGACCCGCGACAUCUCGCCCAUCAUGACGACCUUGCCGCGGACGAUGAGAAAGCUCCACCUCGAGACUGUCACGAUGACGGUGUUCCCGACGCUACCAAAGCUCCAGAAACUCGACUUCUCAUAG